ACGUUUGAAUUUGGAGUGAGUAGGCUGUAAUAAGCGGCAGGAAAUUGCUGAGGAAAAAUAGUGACCUUCAGUUUGUGGAGCUGGUCGUCAACAUGUCUUUUCCUAAGGCGCCCCUGAAACGAUUCAAUGACCCUUCCGGUUGUGCACCAUCUCCAGGUGCUUAUGAUGUUAAAACUUCAGAAGUAUUGAAAGGACCAGUAUCCUUUCAGAAAUCACAAAGAUUUAAAAAACAAAAAGAAUCUCAACAAAAUCUUAAUGUUGACAAAGAUACUACCCUGCCUGCUUCAGCAAGAAAAGUUAAGACUUCGGGAUUAAAGAAGGAAUUUCAAAAGAAUGAUAAAGAUUUGAAGAUACUAGAAAAAGAGAUCCGUGUUCUUUUGCAGGAACGUGGUGCUCAGGACAAGCAGAUCCAGGAUCUGGAAGCUGAAUUGGAGAAGGUGGAGGCCAAGCUAAACGCUGCAGUCAGAGAGAAAACCUCUCUCUCUGCAAGUAAUGCUUCACUAGAAAAACAGCUUAUUGAGUUAACUAGGACUAAUGAGCUACUAAAAUCAAAGUUUUCUGAAGAUAGUAACCAGAAGACUAUGAGAAUUCUAAGCCUCGAGUUAAUGAAACUUAGAAACAAAAGAGAAACAAAGAUGAGGAGUAUGGUGGCUAAACAGGAAGGCAUGGAGGUGAAGCUGCAGGUUACUCAGAAGAAUCUUGAGGAGUCUCAGGGGAAAAUAGCACAACUUGAGGGGAAACUUGUUUCAAUAGAGAAGGAAAAGAUUGAUGAAAAAUCCGAAACAGAAAAACUCUUAGAAUACAUCGAAGAAAUUAGUUGUGCAUCAGAUCAAGUGGAAAAAUACAAGCUAGAUAUUGCCCGGUUAGAGGAAAAUCUGAAAGAGAAGAAUCAUGAAGUUGUAAGCCUUAAGCAGUCUCUUGAGGAAAAUGUUUUACUUUCUAAACAAGUAGAAGACCUGAAUGCUAAGUGUCAGCUGCUUGAAAAAGAAAGAGAAGACCUUGUCAACAGGGAUAGAGUACGGGAUGAAACUCUAAAUUCUGAAAUGCAAAACUUAAAGGAGAAACUUAUUCUUGAAAAACAGGAACAUGAAAAACUACAACAAAAAGAAUUGCAGACUGAUUCGCUUCUGCAACAAGAGAAGGAAUUGUCCUCCAGUCUUCAACAGAAGCUAUGUUCUUUUCAAGAGGAAAUGAUGAAAGAGAGGAAUCUCUUUGAGGAAGAAUUAAAGCAAGCCCUGGAUGAGCUAGAUAAAUUACAGCAAAAGGAGGAACAAGCUGAAAGGCUAGUUAGACAGUUGGAAGAGGAAACAAAAUCUCGAGCUGAAGAACUGAAACUCCUAGAAGAAAAGCUGAAAGGGAAAGAAGCUGAACUGGAAAAAACUAAUGCUGCUCACAGUCAGGCCACCCUGCUUUUGCAGGAGAAGUAUCAUAGUACAGUGCAAAACCUUGGAGAAGUUACUGCUCAAUUUGAAAGUUAUAAAGCAUUAACAGCUAGUGAGAUAGAAGAUCUUAAGCUGGAGAAUUCAUCACUUCAGGAAAAAGUGGCCAACGCCGAGAAAAGUGCAGAGGACAUUCAUCAUCAGAUAUUGGCAACUGAGAACGCAAAUCAAGAAUAUGCAAGGAUGCUUCUAGAUCUGCAGACCAAGUCAGCACUUAAAGAAGCAGAAAUUAAAGAAAUCACAGUCUCUUCUCAUAAAAGAAUAACUGAUUUGCAGAACCAACUCAAGCAGCAAGGUGAAGAGUUAAACAAACAACUGGAAGAGGAAGAAGCAAGAAAAGCUGGAAAAGAAAACACAGUGGCAGAGUUAACUGAGGAAAUGAAUAAGUGGCGUCUCCUUUAUGAAGAACUAUAUAAUAAAACAAAACCUUUUCAGCUACAACUGGAUGCGUUUGAAGCAGAGAAACAGGCUUUGUUGAAUGAACAUGGUGCAGCUCAGGAACAACUAAAUAAACUAAGAGAUUCGUAUGCUAAAUUACUGGGUCAUCAAAAUCUAAAGCAAAAAAUCAAGCAUGUUGUGAAACUGAAAGAUGAAAAUAGCCAACUCAAAUCGGAGGUGUCAAAACUCCGGUCUCAGCUUGCUAAAAGAAAACAAAGUGAGACAAAACUUCAGGAGGAAUUGAAUAAAGUUCUUGGUAUCAAACACUUUGAUCCUUCAAAGGCUUUUCUUCAUGAAAGCAAAGAAAAUUUUGCUCUCAAAACACCAUUGAAAGAAGGCAAUACAAACUGCUGUUGAGCUCCUGUGGAGUUUCAAGAAUGAUGCAAGUAAACAUCUGAAAGACCUGUUAAAGAUUAUUUCAUUCUUAUUAUUUUUAUUAUUGUUGCUGUUAUUAUUAUGUUUGUAAUGAAUAUUUUUAAUGUAUUUAAUAUUAACUUCCUAUUUUUAGGUAUGUGAAGGGGAGUUCAAUAUUUUUUACCAGUAUGACUUCUGACAUUUUAUUUUAUAUUGUCUGUACCUCCUUGAUGCUUACCUUUAUCACCUCACUCUAAACCUUCUCGCUGGCUUUCCAACUUAUAACUCAUCCCAUCCAAUCAAUAUUCCUUUAAAAAUUUCUCAGAUUAUUAUUCCCCUACUCUGAAACCUUAGAUGGUUUCAAGAUUCUAAUCUGUAGGUUUUUUAGUUUGAUACCAGAGGGCUAUUCUAAUCUGAACCUCUUAAGCUAGACUAGAACACCUUGACUUGUUCUUGCCUCUAUUUGGAUUGUCUAAUAAUUUUCAUUCUGUCGUAUCCAUCAUCCAUUUAUCGAGCUCAAAUAAGAAAUAAGGGUAUGCCUAACUCCAUAGCAAUCUCUUUGUCUCCUAUCAGAGUCACUGAGUUGGUCAGUAAUUUGUAGAUUCCUAGAUUCCAUAUCAAUCCUACUAAAUUAAAAUCUGGAGUUUACUGAAAAUCUGUAUUUUUAACAAAUUGUGCAGUCAGUUCUUAGAUACACUAAAAAAUCUGGGAAACUAUCCUCAAGAGAAUUUGUCUUAGAGUUCUUGGCAUCUGACUACUGGCUGCUUGAUUAAUAUUUGUAUAAUAUGAAAUAAAACCACACAUUAAGUCAUUUACCCCGUUAUUCAAGUUGUAUUAUAUGAAGUUAUAUUAAUGGUUCUAUUUAAGGUCUAUUUCUUAUCUCUGCUCUCCUCUCCCUACCUUGUCCCCAGAAUCACACAUGGUAGUAUAUUAUUUAGAAAGUGGUGAUUCUUCAUCUAAAAUAACUGAUUUACAAAGUUGGUAUGCUAUUAUAAGCUACAAGUUCAGAAGAAAUGUAGAAAUUAGAAAAAAAUGCACUUCCAAUGUAAAGACAAAAAUAGGUGAAAAGUAAAGGUGUUUUGUUUUUCGGUUUUAUUUAUUUUUUUGAAAAGAGUGAGCAAGAAAGGGGCAGAAGAAGGGGAGAAGCAGGGAGCCCAAUGUGAGACUCAGUCCCAGGAACCUGAGAUCAUGACCUGAGCUGAAGGCAGAAGCUUAACCAACUGAGCCACCCAAGUGCCCCAUAAAACAGUGUUAAAAGAUAUACCAUGCUGAGGCAUGACAUCAGCAAGACAGCAGAAUAGAAGACUUGGACCCUUCUCCCCACCCAUAAACAUACCAAGUCAGCAGUAAUACACAGACAAAUUCCCUUUGUGAGCAAUCCAGAAACUAGUCGAGAGUGGCAGGAAUAUAAGUAGGGAUAGGAUAGUGUCUUCAACAAAUGGUGUUGGGAAAACUGUAUAUCUAAAUGCAAAACAAUGAACCAUACCCAAAAAAAUCAUCUCAAAGACCUUAAACUAUAAAACAACUAGAAGAAAAUAUAAUAGGAAAGCUUCAUGAUAUUGGUCUUGGCAGUGAUUUCUUGGUUAUGAUACCAAAAGUCAACUAAAGCAAAACUGGACAAGUGAGACUUUAUUUUUUUUCUGCAUAACAAACUAACAACAGUGAAAAGAACCUGCAGAAUUCAAGAAAAUAAUUGCAAACUGUAUAUCAAAGGGGUUAAUUUCCAAGAUAUGUAUAAGGAACUACAACUCAAUAGCAAAAAAAAAUAAUAACCUGAUGUAAAAUGGGCAAAUAAUUUGAACAGAUACUUCUCCAAAGAAGACAUACAAGUGUCAAACAGGUAUAGGAAAAGAUGCUCAGAGUCCUUAGUCAUCAGGGAAUUGUACGUCAAAGUCAAACAGAUAUAUCACUUUACCCCUGUUAGGAUGGCUAUUAUCAAAAAAAGAGAGAGAGAGAAAAGUGUUGGCAAGGUUAUGGAAGCACUGGAACCCUUGUAUAUUGUUGGUGAGAAUGUAAAAUAGUGCAGCCACUGUGGAAAAUAGUGUAGAGGUUCCUCAAAAAAUUUGAAAUAGAAUUACUAUAUAAUUCAGGAAUCCCAUUCCUGAGUAUUUAUCCAAAAGAAGUGAAUGAGAAUUACAAAGAGAUACUUGCACUUCCAUAUUCAUCGCAGCAUUAUUCACGAUAGCCAAGGUGUGGAAACAACUUAAAUGUCCAAUGACAGAUGAAUGGAUAAAGAAAAUACAGUGGAAUAUUAUUUGGCCUUAAAAAAGAAGGAAAUCCUGCCAUAUGCAACAAUAUGGGUGAACCCUGAGGAUAUUAUGCUAAGCAAAAUAAAUCAAUCACAGAAAGACAAAUACUACAUGUGUUUCUACUUACAUGAGUUAUCUAAAAUUGUUAAAAUCAAAGAAGCAGAGAGCAGAAUGGUGGUGGCCAGAGGUUGGGUGGAUGGGGAAAUGGAGAAUGUUUAAUCCAGUAAUGCAAGAUGAGUAAAUUCUAAAGAUCUGUUCUACAAUACCAUGCCUAUAGUUAAAAACACUGUAUCUUGCACUUAAAAUUUAUUAAGAGUAAAUCUGUUACAUGGUCUUACCACAAAUUUAAAAAAAAAAAAAGGCAGGAUAAUGUAAAUCAAUUAAAAACAAAAAACUAGAGUGGCUAUAUUAAGAACAAAUAAGACAUAUUUCAGAGCAAAGAAUAUAACCAGGGAUAUAAAGAAGUUCAUUUCAUAAUGAUAAAUGGCUCAAAUCAUUAGGAGGACAAAUCUAAACAAAGCACCCACUAAUAGUUUCAAAAUACAUAAAUCAAAAAUUGAUAGAUUUGCGGGGAGAAAUAGAAGAAUCUGUAAUUAUAGUUAGAGAUAUCAAUAACCUCCCUCUGGGGCACUUAGGAGGCUCAGUUGGUCAAGUGUCUGGCUCUAGAUCUCAGCUCAGGUUUUGAUCUCAGGGUCGUGAGUUCAAGCCCAGUGUUACGGGGGGCGGGGGGGGGAAAUGGCCUCCUUCAAUAAGUGGCAGAACAAGUAUACAGAAAAUCAGAAAGGAUAUUGAAGAUUUGAACAAUACUCUGAACCACCUUAAUUAGAUUGACAUUUAUAAAAAAACUACCCAACAGGAGAAUAUACAUUCUUUUUAUGUAAACAUACAAAAUUUACCAAUAUUAACUAUAUCCUGGGCCAAAAAAAAGUUCUCAGUGUAAAUGGAUUCCAAUCAUACCUGAUAUAUUCUCUUACACAAUGGAAUUAGUUUACAAAUAACAGAUCUCUGGGGGCGCGUGGGUGACUCAGUCCUUAAGCAUCUGCCUUCAGCUCAGGGCAUGAUCUCAGAGUCCUGGGAUCGAGCCCCGCAUUGGGCUCAUGCUCCGCUGGGAGCCUGCUUCUUCCUCUCCCACUCCCCCUGCUUGUGUUCCCUCUCUUGCUGGCUGUCUCUCUCUCUCUCUCUCUAAUAAAUAAAUAAAAUCUUAAAAAAAAAAAAACAGAUCUCUGGAAAACCCAUAGAUAGUUGGGAGAUUAAAUAAUGCAUUUCUAAAUAAGCCAUGGGUCAAUGAAAAAAUCAAAAAGCAAAUUAGAAACUAUUUCAAAGAGAAUCAAAAUGGACACAAUGUAUCAAAAUGUAUGGGAUGCUGCUAAAGCAGAUUAGAGCAAAAUUAUCUCACUGAGUGCCUAUAUUUCAAAAGAAGAAAGAUCUCAAAUCAAUGCCCUCAGCUUUUAACUUAGGAAUAAGAAACAGAAGAGCAACUUAAACCCAAACUAAGUAGAGGAAAAGGAAUGUUAAAGAUCAGAGCAGAAAUCAAUAAACUAGAAAACAGAACAGUAAUAGAGGAAAGUCAAUGAAAGUUUAUUUAUUGAGAUAAAUAAAAUUGGUAAACCUCUAGCUAGACUGAUUAGGAAAAAAGCUACCAAUAUUAGGAAUAAGAGAGGUAUUAUUUUUGUGAUGAAUAUAUUUACUGCCUUAAUUAUGGUGAUGGUUUUAUGGGUGUGUGUGUUUGUAUAUAUAUAUAUAUGUGUGUGUGUGUCAAAACAUCAAAUUGUCUAUCUUUAAUAUAUACAGUUUAUUUUAUGUCACUUAUACCUCAAUAAAGCUCUUAAGACAAAACAGUUUAUUCCCAAA